AUGCAAACAGUUGCUCAAGUAGUCACAGCAGUAUUUAAUAAGGGGAAAGAAAGAGCAAGAUCACUAUUGUCUUUAAGCUUUAGUAGCUCAGAAGCUACUAGUAGUGAAGAUGAAAGUGAGGUAGAUCGGUUAGUAGGAAUAAAGAUAGAUCAGAUAGUAGAGAUAGUGGUAGGUCAGUUAGUAGAAGCACAAGUAGAAGCACUAGCAGGUCUAGUAGCAGUAGCAGCAGUUCAA